CAGACGAGACAUGCAAUACUGAUUUGCAUUUCCUGUCUGGAGGAAAUACACCUCUUUAAAAGCUGUGAGUUCACCAGGACACCACCACUCACCAUCAGCCUCCCACAGAGAACACCUACACCUCCUGCACCAGCAGCUCCCAGCAGGAGUGGAUCCAGCCGCCAUGACGGGGCGCGUGUUCGCGCUGUUGCCCGUCUGCAUUCUGCUGUUCAGCUUCACAGAAGCCCAGCGUGUCGACAGGGUGACCCCUAAAGUAGGCAGCACAAACGGAGCAACACGACUCACCAUACAGGGACAAGGUUUUGCUCAGCAGAGUCAGUUUAAUCUGAACCCCUCGGAUCCUAACUUUGGAAAUGCUGUAACUUUUGUGUCCCAAACCGCUUCCUUUCCCUGUGAUGUGGAGCGAGACGCCAGCCUCUCCACCAAGAUCACCUGCUACACCAGACCAAUGCCUGAGGAUAAUUAUCAGAUUCGUGUCACAGUGGAUGGAGUUCCCAUUCCCGUCCAAAACACAUGUUACGGAAUUCAGUGGUAUUACUGGUGCAUGUUCUAUACUCGAUGGUACUACACGCCCACCAUCCAGUCCAUCACCCCUCUGAGUGGCCUGCCAGGUACUCAGGUUACACUCCGGGGAAGAAUUUACACGGAUGUUUACGGCAGCAACACCGCCACAAGCUCCAAUGGCAAGAAUGUUCGAUUUUUGAGAGCGUACAUGGGAGGAAUGCCGUGUGUUCUCCUAAAGCCCAAUUCAGAUGAACUGUAUGGCUUGAAAUUGGACUCUAUAUACAGCGACUGGGGAUACAUGAGCUGUAAGAUGACUGGAUCUUACGUGGGACAUCACAACCUCAGUUACAUUCUGGACAGUGAAUACGGAAGGAGUUUGCCAGACUUUCAGACGUACAGCGUUUCAGCACUGAACAAGAUUUCAAUGUUCCAAACCUAUGCAGAGGUGACUGGAGUUUCCCCCUCUGAGGGAAGUCUGCUUGGCGGCACGUUGCUGACAAUUCAAGGAAAUUACUUUGAUGAGACGGACCAACCAGCUGAAGUUUUAGUGGGAGGUCGUGAGUGUGAGGUACAGAGCGUGACGGAGCAGACGCUGACGUGCAGGACGCCGGCGUACGAGUGGAGCAACGUGACGCUGUUUCCUGGUGGUAGAGGGUUCAAAAUGGAGAUGUGGAACAACAGCAGUCCGUCCCGUCUGGAGGAUGUUCUGAGCUAUAACUCCAGCCGCUCGGGUUACUCCGUGCAGUGGGUGGACUCUCUGUCCUAUACCUGGCCCAAUGAGAUCGAAUACUUCGUCGCUCGGUUCUCAGGCUUCUUCGUUCCGACGGAAACAGACAACUACUAUUUCCUAAUCAAAGGAGACGAUCGAUUCCAGCUGUACUUCAGUCAAACUGGCCGUCCUGAAGAUAAGGUUAAGAUCGCGUAUCUUGGCUACUGGACCGGGAACUACUACACAAAUCCUACCCAGAGGUCUAAAACCAUGCGUCUAGAGAAAGGAGUGGCGUACUACAUGGAGGUCCUGUUUCAGGAGUACACCAGUGUAGCUUCAGUUGAUGUGGGAUUUUUUAAGGAGAAAAGCCCCUUUACGGCUCAGCAGACCAUGGAAGCGGUUAAUGAGAAGCAGAGCAUCAGCGCCACCUACGACAUUCGGGAUGAGAAGCAGGUGGUUAGUCUGGAGGGCUGGAGCUCAGCUGUUCCUGUAGAAGAGAUCCAGACGAUUACAGUCAGCAGCCACUGCUUCUCACUGAACAGCUGCGAUUCCUCCUACUACGCCCUCGGCUACGGAGGCGCCAGAACAGGGCCGAUUCCGGUCAGCGCACCUGCUGAGGUGGUGCAGGCGGAGCUGAACGCUCUGUGGAGCAUCACGCCAGACACCGUCUCCGUCACAAAGCAGGACCUGGACACACAGACAGAGUAUAACAUCACCUUCAACUCUAAUAGAGGUGACUUUGAGGAUCUUCAAUACUGGACAGGUUGGUCAGACAUAAACAUCACAGUUCAAGAGAUCAGGAAAGGAAGAUCUGACCUGAGCAGCUUUACUCUGCUGUGGGAUGGCGUUCCAUCCAGCCCUCUGCCCUACAAUGCUUCAGCCCCUCAGGUACUCUCCGCAGUGAAGGAAAUGGUGUCGGCCAAAUGUCCUCAGGAGAUUCUGAGUGUGGAGAAUUCCCAAGUUAAAUAUUUCAGAGACUAUGAGACUACUAAUGCUGGGUUCUCAUAUUAUUGGAACAACAGAGGGACGAUCGUUAAUGAUGACGAGGCGUUCUGUGGCAGCUGGUCCCUGAAGAACCCAAAUGUUCUGUUUAGUUUAGAUGACGUGAACCCGUCUGGAGUGGCCUAUGGAACGGUUCCUCUUCUGCAGUACGGCACACUCUGCUUGGCAUAUAAAGGCUACCUACAUAACGGGCUGGAACUGGUGUUCACCUAUCUGAACAGCACAGGAGUCACCUACCAACUCACCACUACCAUCUAUUCAGUGUUCGAGCAGGGAAAUGCGUGGAAAUACACAUGUGUGGAUCUUUUAGCUGCCCUGCAGACAAAGUUCCCUGGCAGGAACCACAGACUCAUGGAGCUGCAUCUGAACAUGGACGGUGGAGAUUACUACGUAGACGCAGUUCGGCUCGGAAAAGCUCCCAUGAUUGAUCUUAAUGUUGUUGUCCAGAGAAGAAGGCCGCCAGCUCUGGCCGAUUCUGGUCGUUUCUUUCAGCAGAUCUCAGUGCAAAAGCUGAACUCUCCGAUCGCCUCGUUCGAGAUCACCGCCACGCCGUAUUACUGUGCCUCUGGGUUCCCGUUAAUCCAGGUUGGCUUCCUGAAGCGGAGACACGCUUUUACAGAGGACGUUGUGGUGGUGAGUCAGGAUAACACCACAGUCACCGUGAACCGCACCCAGAGAGCGAGCCCUCCCCUCAGCGGCACCUUCAGCGUGGAGAGCUUCGGUCAGCGCGUGGAAGGUCUGCCAGUGGACAUCAGUGCAGAUGACCUGAAGUUUGCUCUUCAGGGUAUUCCAGAUCUGGGACAGUUAAGCGUGACGGGGACAGGGGACUGUAAAGGACACUAUUGGACGAUUGCGUGGCUCACCAUGCCAGGCAGCCAGCCGUUACUGCAGAUUAACGACUCUGCUGUCAUUGGAGUAAACCCCUCUGUGAGAGCACAGUUUGUGGAGAGGGGAGGCCUUUUCAAGCAAAGGAUUAUGGGAGAUUUCCUACGUGUCCCAACAAAUAAGACUCAGGUACAAGUUUUCAUCAACGGGAUCCCAUCAGUCUGUUCAGGUGAUUGUGGAUUCACCUGGAGUCAGGCUAAAACCCCGACAGUGACCGGGAUUUCUCCUUCACAAGGAGCCAAUUCUCUGGGAACAGUUCUGACCGUCUCAGGAUCUGGAUUUGUUGGUGAAAAUGCCUCAGUGCAGAUAGGAAAUGUCUCGUGCUCAGUUCUCCAAAUUACAAGUACAUCACUCACCUGUACUGUUGGUCCAGCGAGGGCUGGGUUGUAUCCGGUCUCUGUGAGUUUCCCUCAGUUGGGAAAUGCUCUGUACCAAGGAGGAAACCCUUUCAACUUCACUUACCAGAUAGAAGUGACCUCCAUAAAUCCCACUGCAGGCAGCGUCACUGGGGGAACAGUCAUAACCGUGGUUGGGGAUGGUUUUGGUCCUGACACAGUGGCCGCCGUCGGGAACGCUUCCUGUGACGUCAUUUCCGUGGAUUUGAAUGAGCUGAGGUGCAGAGUGCCUGCAGGAUCUGGAGAUCAGAACGUGACUCUGGAAAGCGGAGGAAUGUCCGCCGUGGCACGCGACGUUUUCACGUACACCUACGCCCUGACGGCCAUCGUUACUCACGUAACACCACAAACAACACCAGUGUUCGGAAACAGGACUUUGAACGUGACAGGAAUCAAUUUCGAGAACCAGACCAGCGGAUGUUCGGUCUAUAUAGGUAACAUGGAGUGUGAGGUGCUUACCUGGACCAACGAAACCAUCACCUGCCUGUUACCCACACUGCCCCCUGGUGCCUACAAUGUCAGCGUUAACGUAGGGAACAGGGGCUAUCCUGAAAUCAGUCCUGGUUUGGACACGACCAUCGAGUAUGUGCUGCAGGUGACGGGUCUUUCCCCUGAUCAUGGAUCUUUACAUGGCGGCACUUCAGUGACCAUCACCGGAUCCGGAUUCAGCCCUGAUUUAACAGACAACACAGUUUCACUAGGAGACACACUCUGUGAGGUGACGGCGGCUCGAGAGAAUCAGCUGGAGUGUGUGACCCAGAUAAACUAUCAGACACACACCGUCACCAACCAGGGCAUUGACCCCAAUUACGGACAGUGGUAUGCGUGGAGCCCGUCCACAGUGAUGGCAUCUGUAGGAGACACGGUGGAGUGGAAGUGGGCAGCUCCAGCUUUUGUCACAGGCCUGGGCUACAGGGUGUUUAGCGUGGCAAAUCCCAGCAACACUGGUUAUGAUGAAGUGUCCUUUAUCAGCGGAAACGCCCCCACACCCACCGGGAUGUUCAGACAUCGAUUCACCGCUCCUGGAGUGUACUACUUCAGCAGCGGCUUUAUUGAUUCACUAAAUCAGAGGACCAUGCAGGGCGUGGUGAACGUCCGGCCUCGCGAGGAGAGGAGCAGUCGGCUACAGGUCACUGUCGCAGGUUUCCAGGCUCUUCAUAAUCAAGGUUCAGCUCGUGCGAGAAGAACACCAUCUGAUUGUGUGUCCUCCGCUGAGUGCCCCGGCACUAACGGCACCUCAGACGGCUUUUCCUUCGGUUUCUCCAGCUGUGCCACGCCCACCGUCAGCUCCAUCACACCCGACCGUGCAACAGUGCACGAGCCUAUCACCCUCCAGGGCUUUGGAUUCAGCAGCAUCCCAUGUGCAAAUGAGGUCACAAUUGGAGGUGCUUCCUGUCGAGUGACCAAUAGCAGCUCCACUGAGAUCACCUGCCUCCUCAGCCCUGACAGUGGAGUACCUGUUGCCACCCCUCUGCCCGUCCAGGUCAGAGUCAACAAUCUCGGGACUGCCAUGAUCACCACGCCCAGCGAGACCAGAAGACGCAUGGUGGUGCUUCCAGUGGUGGACUCCGUCUCCCCAUCGACGGGCAGCACCACCGGGGGAACCCGCCUCCUCAUCUCUGGUUCUGGUCUGAGUAAUGGAAUGGUCAGUGUUGCUGGUAUUCAGUGUACCGUAGUCUCCAGGAACUACACUCAGGUCGUAUGUGACACGUCUCCGGCUCCGGCUUCCAGAGGAGGCGUCGCCGUUAGCAUCGGCGCCGUCAUCUCAUCCUGCGGUGGUGUCUGCUCCUACAUUUAUUCCUCAGAUUUAACCCCUCAGAUUUCUUCUGUCAACCCCAACACUUUCCUCGGGAACCGAACCACCGUCGUCGUCUCCGGCAGCGGCUUCGCUAGCAACCUGGAAGACGUUAAAGUGUUUGCAGGAAACACCCAACUGGAGGUGACGGAGGUGGCCGACGCCAACAUCACGCUGUCCGUCGAGGCCCUACCUGCAGGUCCACAAGCCCUGAAGGUGGUGGUGAUGAGCAGAGGCCUGGCUUCAGGAAAUGCUACGCUAACCAGUGUACCAUUCGCCACUCUGAGUCCCACCUCCGGCAGCCUUGCAGGAGGAACCCUGCUGAUGUUCACAGGAAACGGCUUCGUCUCAGGAAACACCAGCGUGACGCUGGGAACCAAACCCUGCUCCGUCGUGCAGGUAACUCCCAGAACUGUGCAGUGCGUGACACGAGCCUCUACUGAGAAUGUGGUGCAGGUGAGCAUUCAGGUGCUGGGAGUGAGGUACCCGUCACUGAGCUACAACUACUCUCGAGAACAAACACCGAAGAUCACCAGCGUCAGCCCCACGACAGGCCCCGGUGGAACAGUCAUCACCGUCUCAGGUUCUGGUUUCGGCUCGGACCCGGGUCUCGUCUCUGUGAAUAUAGACGGCGUUUGGUGUAACGUCACGUUGGUUUCGGACUCGACGCUGCAGUGCAUUGUGGGAGAUCAUGCAGGAGGAACCUUCCUCGUCUCACUGUCUCACCAGGUCAAAGGUCUCGCCCAGACUCAGUCAACCUUCACCUACGAGCUGCGGCUAGACCAAGUCCUGCCUAACGAAGGAAGCCUCGCCGGAGGUGCAGUCGUGGAGAUCCGAGGAACCGGGUUCGAUCCAAACUCCUCUAAAGUUCUGAUCUGCAGCAGAGAAUGCAGCGUCAACAGAAACACCUCCACCUCCACCAGCCUCUACUGCGAGGUCCCACCCAACAAUGGAAGUCAGACAGCUCUGGCCUGUCAGGUUCUGGUGCUGAAUAUUAACGGGUCGGCCAACAUGUCUAACGGCUACACGUACAGAUCCAGCCUGACUCCCAACAUAACCAACGUCUCACCACGCCGAGGAGGAACCGCCGGAGGAACUGUGCUCACCAUCACCGGCUCUGGAUUCAGUGCUGGGAAUGUGAUAGUGUCUAUAGCAGGGUCAGUCUGUGAUGUCCAGUCAGCCAAUGAAACGCAUGUGAUCUGUGUGACCAAUGCCCAGCCCACGUCCCAGCUGACCAAGGUCCGAGUGCAGGUCGGGAACAGAGGAAUCGCCGUCAUGGAUCAGGCUGACUUCUUCUACAUUGAUGUCUGGUCGUCUCGCUAUACGUGGGGAGGUCAAUCACCGCCUGAAAAAGGCACAUUUGCCGUCAUCACUAAGGGACAGACUAUCCUGCUGGACGUGAGCACACCUGUGCUGAAAAUGCUUCUCAUUCAAGGUGGAAAGCUGAUCUUCGACGAGGCGGAUAUUGAACUGCAGGCUGAGAACAUUCUGAUCACAGAUGGUGGAGCUCUUCAGAUUGGAACAGAGGACGAACCCUUCCAGCAUAAAGCCAUCAUCACCCUCCACGGCCAUCUGCGCUCGCCAGAAAUCCCCGUCUACGGAGCGAAAACACUGGGCGUCAGGGAGGGAGUGCUGGACCUGCAUGGUAUUCCCAUUCCUGUUGUCUGGACUCGUCUCGCCCAAACGGCGAACAGUGGCUCCGGUACUCUCACCCUGAUGGACGCUGUUACCUGGAGAGUUGGAGAUGAAAUCGUCAUUGCCUCCACAGGACACAGACACAGUCAGAGAGAGAAUGAGGUGAGAACCAUCGCUGCAGUGUCGGGUGAUGGCAAGACCCUGACCCUGACUGAGCCUCUGAGAUAUACCCACCUGGGGGUGUCCGUCACCCUGCCGGACGGCACGGUGUUCGAGGGGAGGGCAGAAGUGGGAGUUCUCACCAGGAAUGUUGUGGUGCGAGGAUCCAUCAACGCUGAGUGGAGUGAUCAGAUCCAGGCCUGCCCUGAUGGGUUUAAUACAGGUGAGUUCGCCACCCAGACUUGUUUCCAGGGGAGGUUUGGGGAAGAAGUUGGAAGUGAUCAGUUUGGAGGAUGCAUCAUGUUCCACGCUCCUCGACCCAAUGAGAACCUGGCCAUCGGCAGGAUCGAAUAUGUCGAGAUUUUCAAUGCUGGUCAGGCAUUUCGACUGGGCCGCUACCCCAUCCACUGGCACUUGAUGGGCGAUAUUAAAUACCAGUCAUACGUUCGCGGCUGCGGCAUUCACCAGACCUACAAUCGCGCCGUCACCAUCCACAACACGCACCGCCUGCUGGUGGAGAACAACGUCAUCUACAACAUCAUGGGAGGAGCUUUCUUUAUUGAAGACGGCAUUGAGACGGGCAACAUCCUGCAGUACAACCUGGCCGUGUUCGUGAAGCAGAGCACCAGCCUGCUGAACGAUGACGUGACGCCGGCCGCCUACUGGGUCACCAAUCCCAACAAUAUCAUCCGACACAACGCAGCUGCUGGAGGAACCCACUUCGGUUACUGGUACCGGAUGCACGACAAUCCAGACGGCCCGUCCUACGACCCCUCCAUCUGCCAGAAACGGGUUCCGCUCGGCGAGUUCUACAACAACACGGCGCACUCUCAGGGCUGGUUUGGACUCUGGAUCUUCCAGGAUUACUUCCCUGUGAAGCAGGGCUCCUGCAGCUCCUACACUCCCCAGCCUGCCGUCUUCCGAGGCCUCACCUCCUGGAACAACCAGAAGGGAGCCGAGUGGGUGAACGUCGGGUCGGUGCAGUUCAGAGACUUCAUCAUGGUCAACAACGAAGCCGCCGGCGUGGAGACCAAGCGCAUCUUCCAGGCCUACGUGAGCGGCUGGGGUCUGGACGGCGGUGCGGCUCUGGUUAACAGCACCUUGGUGGGUCAUGUAGACGAACUGGGCCUGGGCAGCGAUUACUGCACCACCCAGGGGGUCAUCCUGCCGCUGGACGACGGCAUGAGCGUCAUCAACACCAAGUUCAUGAACUUCGAUCGUCCUUCAUGUGCUGGAAUCGGGGUGGCCAAAAUAGACGGAACCUGUAAUUACCGCUGUGGAGGCUGGCCUGCUAAAUUCAGCGGCAUCCAGUUCUACCAGACGCCCAACAAGGCCAGCUUCAGAUGGGAGCAUGAAGUGGUUCUCAUAGAUAUCGAUGGAUCUCUGACAGGUAAACCUGGCUCUAAGGUGCUCCCGAAGAGUAACCUGCUGGACCCCACCCACUGUUCCGACAGCGUUAGCUGGAGCGCGGGCGUUCCUGGCACAGUGUGUGAUAAUACCACCAGCUUCCACCGUCUGGCCUUCAACAACCCCUCACCAUCCUCACUCCAGGCCAAAGACGUCAUCCUCACCAACGCAUUCGGUACAAGUGUUGUUCCCUUUCUGGAGAAGCUGGUCACCCACAGUUUUGGUUGGAUGGCACUGAUUCCUUCUGACCAGACCUACAACUGGUACUUCAGAGGCGCCUCCCAGAUUUCCAACAUCUCCUACAGUGCUUUAUUCUACGGCUUCGGGCCUAAAGAUUAUGUGAUUGUGAAUCACAACCUGACGCAGAGUCCUGACAGGUUCUAUAUAAAAGACAACAGGAACGGCUCCACCGCUCCCCUGGACCCCGCUGUGAAUAUUAAUGGAGACUGGUAUUUUAACAACGCCACCAAGAACCUCUUCUAUAUGGUGUCUGGAAGAAACAGUAGAGCGAGGCGCAGUGUCGACAGAUCAUUAGUAGAUAUAUCAGUGCAGUUCAGCGUGUAUAACUGCUUCUACCCCAACUGUAUCACUCCCACAUCACCCCCGCCUGUCUCGCUCGCACCACUACCCACUGGCAGACCUUCCAACACUACUUCUUGGUUCAUCUCAGUUUGGAAGUCCAUUCAAGAGGGUGAUGAUCUUGUUAUUCCAGCAGGCAUGUGGCUAGUUUUGGACAUUGCACUCCCUCCUCUAAACAAGAUCACAAUCCUGGGAGUCUUGGAGAUUCCAGACACAAUAAACGGCACAAUCAGGAAUGUCGUCUUGAACGCAACUUACAUCUCCAUCCAGGGAGGACGUCUGAUUGCAGGAUGGCCCAACCAGCCCUUCAGAGCAGAACUACAGAUCAUUCUAAGAGGAAACCAUUUCACUCCUGAAUGGCCUCUACCUGACGGACCAAACCAGGGGUCUAAAGUUCUGGGUGUGUUUGGUGAACUUGACCUAUACGGAAAGCCUUAUAAUGUGUAUCACACUAAACUGGCCAGCACUGCCCAGGCUGGUUCCGGCUCUCUCUCACUUCAGGAACCUGUGGACUGGAAGGUUGGGGACAGUAUUGUGUUAUCCACCACAAGUUAUGACCCGGCGCAGACAGAGACCCGCACCAUCACUGCCAUCUCAGCCAACAACCGCACACUGAUCCUGGAUCAGCCGCUGACUUACACACACAUUGGAGGAAACUACUCAGUGGGCGGUACGUCUCAGAGCUACAGGCUGGCGGGUGAAGUGGGUCUGUUGAGCAGGAAUAUUAAGAUCAUUGGUCAGGAUUAUCCACAGCUGUUUUCUCAGUCAUUCGGAGGCCGGGUGCUGGUUGGCACCUUUUCGUACGCUGGAGCCACAUACAGAGGAAAGGCCCAGAUCAGGAAUGUGGAGUUUUACCACACUGGCCAGGAAGGAUGGACAGAUUACUCUGAUCCUCGAUACUCGCUGGCUUUCCUCGACCUCGGAUCAGUUCAGAAUGAAUCCUAUGUUAAAGGAUGUUCUUUCCACCACGGCUUUUCUCCUGCUAUUGGAAUAUUUGGAACAGAUGAACUGAUUGUUGAUGACAGCGUAAUUUAUCAUACUGUGGGAGAAGGAAUCAGAGUCUGGGGCAACAAUGUUGUGGUGCGGAGGAAUUUGGUGACUCUGACUCUCUGGCCUGGAUCUUACAACGGAAGAACAGAGGCCUUCAACUUCAACUGGCCUGCAGCCAUUGAGGCAAAUAUGGGGACUAAUGUAGUUCUUCAGGGAAAUAUUGUUGCUGGUUAUGAAAGAGUUGGAUUCCGAAUCAAUGGAGAACCAUGUCCAGGUCAGUCCAAUAGUGUGGCCCAGUGGCAGCAGAAUGAGGCUCAUGGUGGUCUGUUUGGGGUCUUUAUGAAUAAGGAUGGGCUGCCUGGCUGUUCUCAUAUCCAGGGCUUCACAGUUUGGAGAAGUUAUGAUUUUGGCAUCUACUUCCAGGUUUCCAUGAGUGUAAUCGUUUCUAAUGUGACUCUGGUUGAUAAUGGGAUGGGAAUCAUGCCACUGAUCUAUGAGCCGCCAUCAGUCACCCAUGCAUAUUCCAAUAAAACUGUACUGAUACAGAAUGCCUUAAUUGUCGGCAGCAGCCCAGACUUCGACUGCAGUGAUGGAAUUCCUCUGGGUGGAACCAACAUGGUUCUGAGUUCAAGUGGUCGGUCUCCUCGGCCUCUUACUGGCGGAAGGUCUGGAAUCUCCUGGCCAACGUUUGAAUCUGCUCAGAAUGGAGCUCCAGUCAAAGCUUUUGAUGGACUCAUGAGCUACAAUGCCAUCAGUGGACUCGUGACUGUCUCUGAUACCACUUUUGUUGGGUUUAAGAGCGUGUGCUCCAGCCAGACCAACUUCAUGUUUUUAACUAAUCCAGAAAAUGAGGAUCUACAUCACCCUAUUUAUGUUCAGAGGAUCACCAAGAGUGACUGCACAGAGAACGCCCAGGCCUUCAUUCAUCGACCAAAUGUGGGUAAGGUGAACCCCUCAGACUGUGUGGAUAUGGACUGUGAUGGGAAGAAGAAGAGCCUGUUGGUUGAUCUGGAUGGUACUUUACUGGGAAGUGUGGGAGCUGUGGUUCCCCAGUCUGAGUACGAGUGGAACGGGGACCCCCGGCACGGAGUCGGAGAUUACCGCAUCCCCAAAGUCAUGCUCACCGCCCUCAACGGCAGCCGCAUUCCCGUCAGCCAGAUAGCACCAAACAAAGGUGUUAUCCGGGACUCGAGCUGCACAUAUAUGAGCUCUUGGCAGGCCUACAAGUGCUUUUCCAUGAACUACAGGAUGCUCGUGAUCGAGAGUCUGGACUCGGACUCUGAAACCAGGCGUCUCUCUCCUGUCGCUGUGCUGGGAAGCGGCUAUAUUGAUCUGUUGAACGGCCCGCAGGACCACGGCUGGUGUUCCGGCUACACCUGCCAAAAGAGAGUGUCCCUCUUCCACAGCAUUGUAGCUACAAACAAGUCCUACGACGUCUUCUUCACCAGCACCUCCCCUCAGAAACUGAGACUCAUGCUCCUUAAUGCUAAACCCACUGAGAGUGUUGUGGUCGCUGUGUUUUACUCAAAUCCUCAGCGAUUAGACGUGUACGUGAACAAACAGCUCGUCGCACCGACCAACGCGCAGUGGAACUCUCAGAGAACGGACUAUACCCUGCUGGAGCCUACCUACACAGGGCAGUACGUCCCCAAACUCAGCUCCCCGAUCGGCUCCAACUUCUUCGAUCCUGAUUAUAAGAUGCUGUACGUUCUGGUGCAGGGCUCCACCCCUGUGGAGAUCCGCACGUCUCCGGUUCUCUUCAUCGCCUUCAACCUCCCGGCCAUGACCGAGGCCGAGUUCUUCGGGGACAAACUCAUCGCCAAUCUGGCCGCCUUCCUCCGAGUUCCCGCCAACAUGAUCCGCAUCUCCAAAAUCAUCAGAGAGGGCUCGGCGAGGAGGAGACGCGCCGCAGGCCUCACGGUGCAGGUCGCCAUCCAGCAACCUCCUACCAACCAGCCCACCACCAACAGCACCAGCGAUGUUGAGCAGUUUCAGGUGCUGAAGAACAUCACGGAUAACCUGGGUCAAGCCGCCGUCACCGGCAGCCUGAGUCAGUCCAUCGGCUUCAACGUGUCGUCCAUGGGCGUCGUUCCCCCGUCUCCUCCACCCAGCGAUCCAUCAUGGAGUACUGUGGCUGAUCAGACUGUGACACGGGAGGAUCCUGUGGUGCAGACGGUGAGGAGCGUGUCCUCUCUGACGGUGGUGGUGGAACCGGUGGCUGGGUAUAAUCCUGGACCCCUCUUCACCCAGCCUUCCAUCAUGGCCGUGGACCAACAGGGUGAGUGUGUAUCAGUGGGCGUGACGACUCUCACGAUCACAGCCGUGCUGAAAGACACUCGCGGGAAUGAGGUGGACGGUCUGUACGGAAACACCACCAUCCCCUUCUCCAGCUGCUGGGCCAAUUACACUGACCUGGCCAUCUCUACUACAGGAGAGAACAUGACGCUCGCUUUUACCCUAAACAACUGGAUGACUCAAUCCAGGUCCUUCACCGUCAAGAGCGUGCCUUCCACCGUCAGUGCUACUGCAGAUUCCUCAAGCACCACAGCAACCACCUCUAUACCGGGGUCCACCACCGAUGGCAGCAGCGUCUUUGACUCCAGUCCUGCUCUCAAAAUAGGGACUGUGUAUACGCUGAUGCUGCUGAGUGUCCUGCAUCUCUUGUACUGUGUCCUGUAGACCAGCUGAAGCAAGUUCCUGAAGUUCCUGGUGUUUCUGAAGCUCCUGAAGAUCCUAAAUUGGCCAAAUCAUUCAAAUAAUAAAGGCUAGUCUGAUUUUUAGCAUAUUUAGAUUGUAUUUCGAUUUAUUUUUGAUAUUCUUGACAGCAAAAAAAAAAAAACAAGAUCCAAACCACAUUUAGAGAUCAGGAUUUUUUAAAGAGUUUUAAUUUGUUUUCUAAACAUAAAAAAACACAUAAAAUCCUAAAAAACAGAAGUUUAGGAAUCCCAAACAAGGGCUACAUGUAUCACUACAUGAGAUAUUAAUAGCAGAUUCAACCCGAUCACUUAUAACAAAUAACUAAUAAAAAAAAAAAUCAAGGACUGCGAUUUGAGAAAUAAAUCAGAUUUGCCUGCAGUCUGAACUCAGCCCACCAAUCAGGAAAACUUCAGGUACUCCAGGAAACAUCAGCCAAAGUCAAAGUGCCUAAAUAUUAUACUUAUAAUUUACUUUUCUAAAGAAUAAUAAUAUAUUUCUUACUUUACUAUCCAUGAUCAACAUAUUAUAAUCUAAUUAAAUUCAAUUUAUAUUAUAUGAUGAUUAUAUUCUCAAAUGUUAUGUCUUUUUUCAUUGUUUACUCGGAAAAUUAUAGUCUACCUCUUAAUAGGAUGUUAUAAAGAUGUUAUAAAAAUGUUAUAAAGAUGACGUAACGCAGAGAUACACAAUGCACACAUACACAAUGUCCUCUACUGAACUAUGUGAACAACAAUGUGAACAUUUACUGCAAUAUAAAUGAAACUUGAAUGAUCUUGUCUAGAUGCAUGAAUGAAGUGUAUGAAGUUAAUUAUAAUUAAUAUCCAAUCAAAUAAAUAAAUGUUUCUUAUAUGCAACACACAUUUAAUUUUAAAAUGCACCUUUUUCUGACAUUUUUAUGAUCAAUAAAACAUAACAGCUACAUAAA